AUGCAAUCUCCUAGAAUUCCUGGCAGAAAACGAGGGAGGCCCCCACUCCACUCCAAUCCUCUGAAAAUGACAGUCCAUAAUAUCUAUUCUGGAUCAGCUGGAUCCAUCCCACCUGUAAAAAUUCCAAAGAAGAGAGGACGGAAACCCGGUUUUAAGCUGAAAUCUCGUGUUGUAAUGACACCAUUAGCAAUUUCACCACCACGCAGUACCCCAGAACCAGAUAUCAGCUCCAUUCCUCAGGAUGCAGCAACUGUGCCCAAUUCCACUGUCCCACAGGCACUCACAGUUUGCAUUUAUGUAAACAAACAAGGUAACACAGGACCUUACCUUGACAGAAAAAAGGUUCAGCAGCUGCCUGAUCACUUUGGCCCGGAGCGCCCUUCCAUGGUAUUGCAGCAAGCAGUUCAAGCCUGCAUUGACUGUGCUCACCAGCAGAAAAGUGUAUUCUCCCUUGUUAAGCAGGGUUAUGGAGGAGAAAUGGUCUCAGUGUCUGCUUCAUUUGAGGGAAAGCAACAUCUCCUCAGCCUGCCUGUGGUGAACAGCAUAGGGUAUGUCCUGCGCUUCCUUAAAAAACUCUGCCGCAGUCUGAUCUGUGACAAUCUGUUCAGCAAUCAGCCCUUUGUACAGUACAGCACCACCUCAGACAACCCCAAGGAAUAUGACACUGGCAGGAUGGAGACAGGUAAGUCUCACGUUUCAAAGAAUCCUUUUAAGUGA